AUGUCAGAAAUUUGGCAGCGGCACUGUCUAUUGAUGGCUGUGAGGUUUAGGACGCUUAUGGUUGAUGCAGCGGAUCUGAUGGAACAGGCUGAUUCCGUUUUGGACGACAUCAAUCGCAAGCUUGUGCGAAGGAUUCCAGCUAAGGAGCGAGAGAGGCCAAAGGAGGAGAGGCUAGCGAGGAACGCAGAGAAGAGGGAGAAGAAGAGGGCACAAAAGGCUGAAAGAGCGGCACAGAAAGAGGAUCGUGCCAGAAGGAAGGACAAGACGAACGCGACAUCACCUACAGCGACAGGAGCGCCGAUCCGCAAGUUUACCUCCUACGGAAUGUCUACAGCAGUCGAGAUCGACGAGAAACUCAAACCUGCCGUCUCUGAAGUCUCCCGCCUGACUGAAGAGGCAAGAGCUAUCAUGGCUGCCAUUCAACACACCAAACCACACAUCCGCAGAAUGCCCGUCUCAAAACUAGCAACAGCCCAAGCCUUCAAUCAAACACUAGGUUACGCCGUUCAAGAUAUCCUCAAUCUAACAGAAGAAGCACGCACUAUAAUGUCUACCAUCCAGCAACGCAAACAACAGCACCAACGGCAACGCACCCAGCAGACUCAAUGGCGACACCUGCGCCGAUGGGGCCGCGACACUACAAUCGUAUCCUUGAAGCCUGAUACUUCACCCAAACUCCUCUUGGACACGGCAUACAAAGCGCGCCGAACAUCGAUAUCAAUGAUGCGAGCCUUCAAAAAGCGCGUCAGAAGCAUCAAAGCUCUCAUCCGGCAGCGUAAAUGUGACCUUCGCAAAUUGAUCAAGGCAAGGCCAGGCGUCGUGCAAACCCAGCGGCGCAGGCGCAUCCGACGCGUCAACCUACCUGUUCAUGUUGUGCGCUACCCUUCUGGACGCCGGACAGUGCGGAAUCAAACUGUUCCUGCGUUGCAGAAAGGUAAACGUUUUGCGAGGUUUAGGACUGUGAUGCAACGGCAGCCGGGGUUCAGGACUGUGACGCAGCAACGGCAGUCGGUGAUGGAAGAGAGGAGACAGAAGAGAGAUGAACUUGCGGCUACGGUGGCGGGUUGGCUUGGUGGUGGUGGGAGUGCUGGUGGCGAUAGAAGUGGUCUUGGAUCGUUACUUGAUACGGCGGAAGAUGAGGGGAGAGCUGGAAGUGGUGGGCGGAGGCGACGGAGGUGA